AUGAGUGAAGCUCCCGUGGAAACGCCUACUGAGAAGCCAGUGGAGAAGACCAAUGCCUCCCAGGCAGAGGAGGGAGAGAAGAAACUGACGAAUAAAGAGCUCAAGGAGUUGAAGAAGAGACAGAAAUUGGAGAAGAGAGCUGCUAGGAAAGAGAGCAGUGGUAUUCCAAACCAGGCCGAUGAGAAGGCUGCCAAGGGUAAGCAGAAGUCCCAGCAACAGCAACAGCAGCAGGCCUCACACGGUGUGAUCUCAAGAGGGUUGAAACAGGAAGUGAAUACUUUGAAGAAAGUUUCACUGUUUUCACACUUGGAGUCGAAGGAGCAGAGAAACGAGCUAUCGCUAUCACAGUCCCAGGUGACGAACAUUAUACACCCUGCUGUUCUUUCACUGACGCUGAAGUACUCAGGUUAUUCGAUUGUUGGGUCGAUUCCAAGGUGUAAGAGCAUGCUCAGAGCGUUUGAACGGGUCAUCUCUGAGUAUCAGACGCCUGAGGGAACAACCUUGACCAGAAACCUGACCAACUAUCUCGGGUAUCAGAUCGACUAUUUGAAGACCGCUAGACCUCUAUCAGUGGCGAUGGGAAACGCCAUUAGAUGGCUCAAGCAGGAGAUCUCACUGAUCUCCAUCGACACCUCUGACUCUGACGCAAAGGCCCAGCUCGUUGAAAAGAUCGACACCUUUAUAAAGGAGAAGAUCGAUAUCUCUGACAAGGUCAUCAUCCAAGCAGCAUCAGCACACAUCCAGAACGGCUCGACAAUCCUCACCUUUGGACAGUCGAACGUUUUGAAGCAGCUGUUCAUCUAUAACCAUGAAGAGCUGGGCAAAAGCUUCAAUGUUAUCGUUGUGGACUCCCGUCCUCUAUUCGAGGGAAAACAGCUCGCUGAGGAGCUGUGUACAAAGGGUUUGAAAGUUCAAUAUGUGUUGAUAAACUCCCUCUCAUCUGUGAUACAAGAUGUUGAUACCGUUUUCCUCGGUGCCCAUGCAAUGCUAUCUAACGGAUUCCUAUACUCUCGUGUGGGUGCUGCGCUCAUUGCAAUGAAGGCCAAGAAUGCAAAUAUCCCUGUGCUUGUCUGCUGUGAAAGCAUCAAGUUCUCUGAUCGUGUCCAACUGGACUCUGUGACCCUGAACGAAAUGGGAGACACUGAAGACUUGAUCAAUUGGAACCAAUUGAACCAUGUCAAGAAGUCGAGUGUUGCCCUACGUAAGUUCAUAGAGACUCACGAGGAGAAGGAUCAACAACAGCAGCAACAGCAAAAGCCAAAGGUUAAAUCAGGUGGUGCUGAGCCAACACUGGCGAAGAAUGAGAUGCCAUUGAAGGAUUGGAAGACGAAUCCUUACCUCAACAUCUUGAACAUCAUGUACGACCUUACACCACCAGAGUACAUCCAAAAGAUCAUCACGGAAGUUGGAGCGUUACCACCAUCAUCAGUUCCUGUCAUUUUGAGAGAGUACAAGGCCUCAACUGUGUAG